AGUUUAUCGUUUGGCGCGAGCCCGAGUUGGUGCCCGCAGCGUAGAGUGAGCCCUAACUUAGAUAUGUCCGAGCGGCGAACGCGAUCCGGAGGGGCUGCCCAGCGAUCUGAGAUCAGGACUCCACGUACUAAGCCUUCGAAGAGGUUGCAGCGGAAAUCUGGCUCAGAUCUCCCGAACAUUUUACCUGAAAUCUGGCCGAAGGCAUCUCAUUCGGUUCCACUCAGAAAGACCAUCGUCUUGAAGAAGAUCGUAGCUCAUUCAGUAGAGGCCCCAGCUCUCCACACACUUCGCAGGAGUCCUAGGAUCUCUUUUAAGUUGGAAAAAGAAAACAGCCCUCCCCUCACGGUAGCCACUGAAGAGGAACUCCUCAAGAUUUGUGCUGUCCCUGGUGCUUCCGCCAACACCCUAGUGUUGCGCACUGAGAAUGUUGAGUCUAACUCUGGGGAAGGAGAGCUGGAUGCCAGAGACUUGGAGAUGUCUCAGAAAGUCAGGCGUUCGUACAGUCGGCUUGGGAGCAGCACCUCUGCCUCAACCUCCACCCCUGGCCGCCGAUCCUUCCCUGGCUUGCAAGGACCUGAAGCCUUGCAAGGACUCUCACCUGUUGUGGGUUCAAAGUUAAUUAAGAUCCCAGACGAACCUGCAAAGCCCAUGGUUCCGGACACAACACUCCCUGGAAUCUCUCCCCCAGUCACAAAAGUGAAGCGGAAGAAGGUGCCUGAGAUCCUGAAAUCAGAGCUGGAUGAGUGGGCUAUGGCCAUGAAUGCUGAAUUUGAAGCUGCUGAGCAGUUUGAUCUUCUGAUUGAAUGAGAUGAACUGGGAUGCCAAUUAUUGAAUAAGAUGAAUGGGCUAGGUCCUCCUCUCUCCCUAUACAUAUUGCCUGUUGAGUCGAACAAGACAUGAGAGCCCUCCUUACUGGCCUUUUUAUUUUGUGACUAGUUACCCUGGACUUUACCUUCAUGGUGGUGGGGGUGAGAAGCCACAUCUGCUCUGAGCCAGCUCUGUCAUAAACAGGUUCAGUCCUGGGCUGUCUCUCUGCUGCUGCCCUCUGUUGGUGGCUGGGAGUCCAACCACCAACCAGUAAAGGGGUUUUGUUUUCUAGUUUGGUUCUGUCGAGUUGAGAGAACUCAUAGGCCAGGGAGACAGUUAAACUCUUGAGGAAGAAUCUGGACAUUGAGUCUGUGGAGUCUGAGAUGUGAAAGAUGGAGGGAGUUGUAGUAGGGAUUUUUAACACAAGUGUCUUUAUAUAGGGACUACUCUGUGUUCUGUUGACACACUGGUGAAUGGGGUACUGCUGCUUAGGGGGCAAAGUGGGUACACUUCAGAGUGCGGCCUCUGGAUGCCACUAACGUAAGGUUUACCAUCUCUACUUUGACUGCCCUUUCUUUACCCACAUCUGUUUCUUUUUAAACAAAUCUUGGCUCUGUGAUGUGGCUUUUUGCAGCUACACUUAGAAAGUUCUGGAAAAAGUUCUGGAAAUCAUUUCUCAUGUGCCAGACAGCUAUAACACUGAUGGCAGCUUUUGCUGUGAGCUUGGCUAUUUCACUCUCGAUGUGAGACCAUUCCCAAGGGGGUUUGCUGGGAACUAAAAUGAACAUAUUAUCGUGGUCUAUGGGGAAUUCCUUUCUGCCUACCACCUACUGUCAAUUAUGGUAAGAGAUUUGGUUUCAAAGACCAUUGGACUUUGAAAUUUCAACAAGUUCAUAGGAAAAGAAGCUUCAGGCAAGCAACCUGUUAUUCCAGGAUGGUUUUAGCAGAACAUUCGUGAAGGAUUUGUCCUCACUGGUUCCUGUGGGCCCUGCGCUACAUCAUGCUGAAUUACUGUCUUUGAGGAACUAAUGUACAGCCUAAGGAA